UAAACUCAAAAAUGGAUAACGCACCGGCAGGGAGUAAAGCGGCGCGUGAAGCCCAUCAGGAGCAGCGUAUUCGACAAAGAGGUGGCGAAAUACACAAGUCAGCACCACUCAAGCUGAACAUUCCUAAACCAGCUAUACAAGAGCCAGCGGUAUCGCCAUUUGCAGCCCCACCAGAUGUCAACCCUGCUUUCAAUUCGCUCUUCAGUCAACUCAGUGCAACGAAAGGUUCACCAGUUUUCCGUGAUAGUGAAUCACCAGCUACUGGUAGUCCAUCUUUGGGUAGAGUUAGUAGACUAUCAGGUGCGCGUAAAGACAGUUCAGUGUCCCUAUCAAGUAGAGCUCCUGAUAGUCAACCGAGUAGGCGUGAUGAACAGUUAGAGCAUGAUCUAUUCCCCUCAGAAGCUUCUCAAAGUCUGAGGAAAUCAACAGCAAAGAAUACUCCAAGCAGUCGCCGUAGCGAGAGUAUUAGGCACCCAGAUAGCAGUCACAGCCGAAGGGAUGACAGUGGUAGUAUUGAGGGACGCGCGGGUAGUGCACAAAGUCAAAGUAGCAAUGAGCAAACGCGUCUUUCAUUGCAGAAUCAGAUACAGUUCGGACGUAAUGUCAGUCUUGAGAAAUCAACGCGCGAUAGUAGCAGCGUUGAGAGGGCACAAAGAAGCAGUCUCGAGAAACCACUUCCACCAUUGCCUUCACAUGAAGAUGACUUUGAUACCAUUCCAGAAUCAGCCCAGAAAAUGAACAGGCUGAAGAAAAAGGCAACAAAGUCACUCGAUAGGUCUCACAAGAGGCCUCGUGUAUCAGCACCCAAGGUUGCUCCUCCGCCAACACCACCUGAGGAGCUCGAUGAGCUGGCAUUACGCCCAAAGGAGCCAGCUAGAGAGGUACCAAAGGUUAGGAGAAUAAAGACGAGUGAACCAAGACCUCCAAAACCACGGGAUAUAUUCAAGAGACCAAUAUUACCACUUUCAAGAAAACGUCAAGGUGAACAGCUAGGACAGACAGCUAAAGAGCCUUCCGAUAGAAAAAAGGUGCCAGAUGAGAUAUUUGAAUAUAAAGCACUGAUUGCACCUCCCAAUGAUGGUGUCGAUGAGCUUAUCGAUGAGAUUGACGCGAAACAUAAACAUGUAGCUGGUAGAGCUAUCAAUAGGUCUCUUACAAUCGUUAAUGAACUUGACGUCGUUUGGGAAAUAGUCACAGAUGAAAUUGAAGAAGCUAUCGCUCGGGCACAGUCAAGAACAAUGAUGCACGAUUUGAGGCAUAUGAUGAGUAUCCUAGAGGUCGGUUUCGUAAAAAAGGUACAAAGCUAUUACCACGUAAUUGGAUUACUUGCUCGCCUAAGCGCAGCAAAAACGCAACAGAAGGAAUUGCGUGCGCAAUUGCUAGCUACACAGACUUCGAGGAGUGAGAUCGCGAAAAACAUGGCUCAAAAGGAAAAAGAAUGGCAUUCGACCAAGAAAGCGAGACGUGAGAUGGCGCAUCUAAACAUAUGGUUGCAUGAUCUUGAAGAAAGCAAGAUGGAAGUAUCAGGCGAAGACGAUGGCAGUGUUGAUAGGAUACCGACUAAACUUGGCGAUGACUACAUGAGUAUAUUGUCAGCCUUGAGGCUUAUCGAACCUAUGCACACGGAUGGAGGGACAGACAGGACAAUGGAGGAGGUUAACAUGCUUUACGAGCUUUGCGAGAAGGAAGGUGUAUUUGAUGACGUAGAAGAGGAAGAUGAUGAAGAGGAUAUGGAGAGCGUCUCAAGCGUACAUACGAGUGAUAUCGAUUCGAGUGAACUUGAAAGUCUCGGCGGCGAUAGUGAUGGUCUAAGUGAUGACGAUCGUCCGGCUAGUUCAAGUACUCGGGGGAUAAGCUCCAAUAGUCAAGACGCUAGUAUAAAGAGCCACGGUAUAAGUCUAGGAACAGGUGACGUUAGCCCUUCUACCCGGCAGGAUAGUAUGUCUACUGGAGACAUCAGUCCAUCUAAUCGUGAUAUUUCACCCUCAAGUAGUGUAUCCUUGAGUAAGGGCGACCGUAAUACAUAGAAAGCAGCACAGAGAGAAUACAGACUAUCGAAACACACGAGGGAGGGAUGGCCGAAGAAGACGUUCUCGAGGAGCAGAAAGAGAGAAUAAAAUAAUGUACU